CUAGAGUCCAACGCAUGUCCUUGCGAGACGCCGGGAUCAAAGGGAGGAUCUGGGUUAGCAAAGUUACGAUCCCGCAGCCCGCUGAAGAUGAUAUUCGGCAAGGGCUCUUCGCGGCGAUCGAGGGGUUGAAAGAGCCAGGAGACACAGCAGGCGGGUACCAAGAGCCCCAGCUGCUUCCGGUCGAAGCAGAAUGGACGGGAUACCGAGCUGGUGUAGCGAACGAUGCGCCCGAACUGAAGAUAUCAGAAGAACAGAAAUACAAGGAAUUGAUGACUGAGGUAUCAUCCCCCACUACGAUACUUUACUUCCACGGCGGGGCAUACUAUCUCAUGGACCCCGCAAGCCACCGACCAACAACCAGAAAGCUUGCCAAGCUCACGAAAGGAAGAUGUCUCAGUGUCAGAUAUCGCUUAGCCCCUCAGAACCCUUUCCCAGCCGCUCUCUUGGACGCUCUGGUAUCCUACCUCGCUCUCCUCUACCCGCCCACGGGCUCAUUCCACGAGGCUGUCGAGCCGCGCCAUAUAGUAUUGAGCGGGGAUAGCGCCGGGGGAAAUCUCUGCCUGGUUCUGCUCCAGACGAUUCUCGAGCUCCGGCGUCAGGGUCGCAAGAUCUUUUGGAAUGGAGAGGAGCGCGAGGUUCCCAUCCCGGCAGGUGUUGCGCUAUGCAGCCCAUGGGCAGACAUCACGCACUCAUCACCGUCCUGCGAGACGAAUUCGAUUUACGACUACCUCCCCCCGCAAAGUAAGCAGAUAGAGAAGAUGGCGCAUCCCCGGUGUUCCAUCUGGCCUGCUAAUCCUCCUCGGAACAACUUGUACGCCGAGGACGCUGUGUUGUGCCAUCCACUGGUGUCUCCUCUGGGCGCGAAGAGCUGGGAAGGCAGCUGCCCGAUGUAUAUCGCGACGGGGACAGAGCUACUCACGGAUGAAGGUAAGUAUGUUGCCAUGAGAGCGGCGGGCCAGGGGGUGCCGGUUGUGUUUGAGGAGUACGAGGCGAUGCCACAUUGUUUUGCAAUGUUCUUGAACGCCCUGCCUGGCGCGAGAAGAGCUUUCACUGGCUGGGCAGGUUUCAUCCAGGAGGUGGUAGAAAAUCCUGAAGAAGUGAGGACGAGAGGAACCUUGAUCAAGGCGAAGACAUUGGAAGAAGUGCCUCUGGAGGUGACAAGCUUGACCUCUUUUACGCAUGAGGAAGUGUGCUCAAGGAUGAGGGAGAGGGCGCAAAAAUUAUGUCAGGCGAACCCUGAUACGCUGUCGAAGCUGUAAUUGUGUCGAGUCUAUUAUGUGCAGUACAGGCGUUUAUAGAUGGCCUUGAUAGAUGCCUUCCAUGGCAGAAGUGGGUGUGGCUAAGCGACCAAGGUUUGCUUUUGAGAUUUUAGUAGUAGAGGACUCGUUGCUUACCGUACACUAAUAAGAUACUCACGCAUUGUCGUGACUGGAGAGGCCCUU